CCUUGGCGACAACCGAGGGACAGGUGCCCCGGGGGUGCAGCUCGCCUCCCUCUACCCGCCGCCUUCGGAGCAGGCCUCGCGUCCCUUGUCCCCGCCUUCUGCCGCGGCCGCCCUCCCGCCGUGCCAAAUGCAGGCUGUCGCCCUCCCCGAGGAGAUCGGCUGGCUCCUGGAAGAUACUGAAGACUUCCUGGCAGAAGGCUUGCGGAAUGAGAACCUCACUGCCGGGGCGCAGGACCAGAGAGACCACAUUCUCCGGGGCUUCCAGCAAAUCAAAUCCAGGUACUGCUGGGAUUUUCAGCCCCAAGGAGGAGACCUGGGCCAGGACAGCUCUGAUGACAACCUGAGCGGGACUCAAGGGCCACCCCUCACGUCAGAGGCAUCUUUUUGGUCCGAUUAUCAGGACGAGGGACUGGAAGAUGCUCUAAGAGGGGCUCAGGAGCUGGAAAACGUCAUAAAGCAAGGAUACUUGGAGAAGAGAAGCAAAGAUCAUAGCUUCUUCGGGUCAGAGUGGCAGAAGCGAUGGUGUGUGGUCAGCAGAGGUCUCUUCCUCUACUAUGCUAAUGAGAAAAGCAAGCAGCCCAGAGGGACCUUCCUCAUUAGGGGCUACAGUGUCCGGAUGGCCCCCCACCUUCGAAAAGACUCCAAGAAAGAGUCCUGCUUUGAACUGACCUGCCAGGAUAGACGCAGCUAUGAGUUUACAGCCCUCAGUCCAGCGGACGCCAGAGACUGGGUGGAUCAAAUAAGCUUCUUGUUAAAAGAUCUUAGCUCCUUAACCAUUCCCUGUGAAGAGGAAGAGGAGGAGGAGGAAGAGGAAGAGAAAGAAGAGGAAGAAAUGUACGAUGACAUCGAUGGCUUUGACUCCCCUAAGUCUGGUUCCCAGUGCAGAGUCGUGGCCUUGCCGGAGCCCACAGACAGAGAAGAGGACAUUUAUGAAGUCCUACCAGAUGAAGACCGUGAACUUGAAGAGGAUGCCCGAGGCAGUCAUGGAGUGGACUAUGCCAAUUAUUACCAGGGCCUAUGGGAUUGCCAUGGUGACCAGCCAGAUGAACUGUCCUUCCAACGGGGUGACCUCAUCCGCAUUCUGAGCAAGGAGUACAACAUGUAUGGCUGGUGGGUAGGAGAACUGAACAGCCUCGUUGGGAUUGUUCCGAAGGACUACCUCACCACCGCCUUUGAGCCGGAAGAACGAUGAAAGCCAGGGAACACAUUCUCCUCGAUGUCCUGCCUGGAUGAAGGGACGCGCCCUGGAGAAUGCCCAUUCCCCGCCCCGGCCCUGGAUUCUUCUCUCUGCCAAGCAGGCCCAAACUCUUCUGCUUCGUGUGACUUUAAGCCACUCGCAAGACAAGUAGGAAGAGGACGGCCCGUCAUAUCUGUUCCUAAAGCAGCUCGCUUCUAGCUCGUUGCCCUUGCCAAGCCGUGUCCACACACCCACAUCUGCCUUUUCUGCAAGCUUGCCACAAAGACGGCAGCGAAGGAAGUCCUGGGAGGAGGAGUUGCUGGCCGGUUGUGGCUCUCAGAGCACAAAUAAAG